AUGGAUGGCAUCGCGUCCUCGGCACCAAGUUCAGCAGCUGCGGUGUCGAAUUCGGCUACGAUCUCGUCCAAAGAAAAGAAUGAGGCCAAUGCUGCUCAACCGGCCACCGGAAUCGCCGCCAGCCUGGCAAGAGCAUUGACGCGAGGUGUUGCAGUAUACUUUUCUCGGCCGGUAAGACUAUUCCGACCUACAAAAGUCAGUGGAUGGACAUCUUUACGAGGAAGCGCAUUGCGAGACAAGACAGAGCUCAGUCCCCAGUACAUUCUUCAACUCAUACGGUCGCAGGGAUUUCUAAUAGUUCCUCGUCACUUUAUUCCACCAUUGGCAGUCAAUACUGUACUAGGGGCCGUCUUGUGGGAGUCUUAUGGCCUUUGCUCGUCUUACCUCGAAGGGAAAAUACCCAGUCAUCCUAUAGUCAUGGCCGCGAGCUCAGGUGCAUUUGCUGGCGCAUGUCAAUCGCUCGCUGCAGCUCCUGUCGAGAAUGUCAGAAUGGUCCUGGAGUCGAUGAGCAAGGUUGAGGCGGAUCCUGUACGGACAUUGCUGCAAAAGCCAGCAAAGGUCCCUACCACCCAUAGCGGUUGGAUGCAUGCAUGGAGACAAGUGUUCAUCGGGGAUCAGCCGGUUGCACACGCGACGACGAGAGAGGAAGUUCGCGAGCUCAGUCGAUGGGUUCAAGAGGUCAAGGGCAUGGCUGGACGAGGCUUUGAUGGCUGGACAUGGGGAUGCGCCAAAGAUAUGUGUGGGUUUGCAUUAUUCUUCUCCAUCUUUGAGUUUAGUCGCGCAACAGCAGUCGAAGUGGCGUAUUUAUCAGUCGCUGAGCUCGAACGCUUCCGCGCAAUGCUGCCAUAUGCAAAGCCUCCAUCCGAUAAGACGCGCACAUCGACUGCACGAAUCGCCCAAGGAGUCACGCUCGUUGGGGGUGGCGUCGCCGCGGGACUGGGAUACGAAAUCGUAUGCCGACCAUUCGACAACGCACGGCGAUUCGUAUGGCUGGAUGAUCGACACCACCGCGGGCAAAAUCCGUCUGUUACCCAAACGGAAUCUCGCAGCCGUGUUGUCGCACGGGUGCUUUUCCAGCACCUCAAGACGCAUGGUAUACUCUCAUUUUUUGCCAAUCCGCAUACGGCGACGCAUACGGCCGACGCUGCUUCGACUGGAGCAUCCCGCGGUAUUUAUGCCGUUUUGAGAACCCUUGCGCGUGUUGGACCGUGGGGGGCUGGAUUCCUUAUCUAUGAAGCGCUUGCUGGAGAGCUUCCGCAAGUAUAA